AUGAGUCUAAGAUUAGAACUGUUAAAAUGGGUUAAUGAAAAAUGUCCAUCAAUGAAAGCUAGUAAUAUUGAAAGUCUUUCAGAUGGGAGACAUUUCUUAUGUUUAUUAAGAAAAUACUUUCCAGACAUAGAAGUUCCUUAAUUUAAAAAAAGUUCUUCAAUUUUAUAAAGAAUGGAAUCCUUAAAUCUUGUGGCCUUUUAUUGUUAAAAAUUGGAUGCCUCAUUCAAAUUAGAUGUACUUAAAAUAGCAAAUAAAGAAGCAACUACAAUUUUAAAUUUCUUAAAAUUUCUCAAAUCAAUUCUAGAUAAAACACCAAUUAAAAACUCAUUCAUUUAAGAAGAAUUUUAAACUAUAUCUAAAGUAUUAGAAAAAGAUAAUCAUAAGAUUUGUGAGGAAGUUCUAGUUUCAUAAGUUCCUUAAACAAUAGAUGAUGAAACUCAAACUCAUGAAAUUAAAGAAGAUUUAGAUUCAUUACAUAAAUUUUAAUUUUAACUUAAAAGACUAAUGUCCUUAAAAUUGUAGCAUCCAUAUUUAGAAUUGGAACUUCUUAGAUUAUUAGAUUAUGAUCAGGAAGUUGCAGAUAUGAUGUAACAUUAUUAAUUAGCAGCUUAAAAAAGAAGUAAAAAUUCAAAACAUACUGAUUAUCAUUCAAUUCAUAGCAGUUAAUUUUAUUAUAGAGGUGAAGCCAAUUUGCUUGAUAUAGAUUAUUCUUUUGAUCAAUAAUAAGCUAGUAAAAGAAGCACAGAAUUUGAUAAUUUAUUUUAAGUGAGUGAUGAAAAGUUUAUUAUAUGA